AUGAAGUACUCGCUUCAAGAUGUGCCGCAAGCCUUAGCCAUCUCGAUUGGGAUUGGCCUAAUGAUGAACUUGAAUAAUCGCCCGUUGACUGUGCUAGGCAGCUUCAGACCAAACGAGCUGGUACCCCAACCAUAUCGUGAUCCGCCAUUCGUAAUAGGCCACCCGGCACCAUUCCCUGUGAUGGCACAACCGAUACUUGGUCCUGCACCCCUGUUGGGGUAUGGGCAACCAGCAAUUUAUCCGCAGACCGUGCCAGGGCACUCAGGAUGGAUAGCUUACGCUCCUGUUGGUCUUUCCGAAAAUUACCCAACUGUGCAAUUGACGGGAACGACCUAUAAUAGCAUCGUGCCUCAGGCAAGCCAUGAGCCCAGUGGAAUAGGUGCAAACUAUCAUUCAGUUCACCCAGUUCCGGUGGCUGGAGUUGGACAUCGACCAGUUCCUGUGACUGUAAGUGGAUACCCGGUGCCUGUGGUUAGAUAUCCGCAAGUUCCAGUGGCGAGAUUUGGGUAUCCGUCGGCUCACCAGAUAGGACCUCUUCAAACAGCUCAACCUAUUUCUAUUCCUGGCACUCAGUUGAACCAUCAGCUGAGACAUGGAUCAACAAUCCAGCCAUUUUUUGUGCCCACAACACCACAUGGUAACCCUCCAAGGCAGCCCACGGGCACUUCGGUUUAUCAUCCAAGAGGUCAAACGUUCUACUCGGAGGCUAGGAAAGAGAAAGGAGAGUCGAGCCAAGGAGCUUCAGGGGGUGAGAGCCCAAAGAAACAUUUAACCUAUUCGGAGCUUCCAGCAGAAGACGGGUCUAGGAGUGCGCAACUGAAAGAAGCUGAUAUCAAAACACAGAGUGAAGCCCCAACUCAAGAAUCGGUGGGUUUAACUUCACUUCAAACUCAAGGCCCGGUUGACUCUCCCUCUACCACAAAAAAGGCCAAGGGGCAAUCAGCUUCUCCGACAACCUCCGAGUCCAGGGAUACGGGAACGACUAAAAGCUCUGGAGUAGCAUCAGCUGAAGGGAUUGAAAACUCGAAAAAGCAGCCAAUUUCCAGGUCACCGCCUUCAACUGAUCUGGGAAAAUUAACUAAGCCCAAAACAGUCAACCAAUUAGUGCCAGGAAAGUCGAUCCAAAUACUUAAAAAGGAGAAUGGUUCCAACAGAAACCACAAGCAUGAACCGAAGAAAAAUGAAAAUUCCGACAAUAAUGAGAAGGAAUCUGAAAGAAUUGCAUCCCAUGAGUAUCAGCCAAAUUACACUCAAUUACAGGAAAAGAAAAUUGAUCAAGAUCAAGAGAAUAUAAACUCAGCAACUGGUAAAGACAUAAUCCUGAACAGGAGUCUGUCUAAAAAGCCAAAGGAGCUCCCAGAGAUUCAACAUAUUGCAAAUUCUGAUAAAAGAAAAACUGAUGAAGAGAUUGAAAACUUGCACAUGGAUAACCAAACAGAAUCAAAGAAUUUUAAUGUAAUUUCAUCUGAUUGGAAGAGCCCAGGAGUGGAAUCCGAUUCCAAGGAAACUAACCCAAAGAAUGUAGCGGAAGGAGGAGAUAAUGGAAAACAUGAAACUGGAAAUUCUAGACCUGCGGAAGAGAAAGGAGAGAAAGAAGAAGAGAUGAAAACUGAGUGGACUGAAUUUUUGGCUAUUGCUUGA